GGACAAUGUUGGCAUUACUGUAGAGGAUAUUAUAGUCCAUAGGUUUGGUGGUAUAAGUUUGCAAUUUGGAGUGAAUAAUAAUCAUGAGUUAAUUUCAUUUUCGACUACAAGAUAUCUUCUUCCCAACAAAAAAAAGUUGUAAGGGUGGCUGGAAUUUUCAGCUUUUCAUUUUGCCCCCACCUUUUCCUUUCAUUUCACUAUCAUUACUUGAGUUGAGCACGUUCCCGAGACAUCUCAAAUUUCCUCUGCUGAGAAUUUCACGAGUAUCAGGUGGUUUAUUCAACCAACAGUGGAUCUUCAAUUUGUUGGUUUCAGUGUUCUUGUAUGUGUGUUUUCAUUUUGAUGAGUUCAUGUUUAUGAGCCACAAAUGCAAGUGGGAACGAAGAAUGGGGUUUGGAGUUAGUUUGGACAAGUGGUGUGGUGUGGUGUCCUAUGUAAUGAGUGCACAUAUGUGAAGUGAAAAUUCCUCAUCCUUUUCCUCUUUUUUCACGCCUUAAUUUCUCUCUCUCUGGAAUUUGGAGCAACAGCCAGCACUCUAUGGAUUCUCUGCUUGGUAAUUGGCCAUCCUUUGAUCCUCACAACUUCAGUCAGCUUCGACCUUCCGAUCCUUCUAGUUCUUCUAGAAUGACGCUACCCACUUACCAUCCUACGCACAGCAGGACCCUUCCAGCACCUGAUCAAGUGAUAAGUACAGAAGCCAAAAAUAUCCUCGUGAGACACAUUUAUCAACAUGCUGAGGAGAAGUUGAAACCAAAAAGAGCUGCAUCUGAUAACCUUUUGCCUGAUCAUGGAUGCAAGCAACCUAGGGUUUCUAGUUGACAGUGGCCAUCAACCAACUGUUGUAUGUGAUUGUGAGUAAGUUUCCAAAAAUAUAUCCUUAGAAGAGUUUGGUGCUUGUUUAGAAUUUGAACGAUUUUGGCCAGUUAUAUAGACUUGGGAGUGUGUAAACAUAAACCUAAUAAUCAGUCAAAAUUUAAACUGAAUGAAACAAUGACGAUUUCAUUGUGUAUGUU